GUCGCUGGGUCUUGCUUCCUGGAGUGCCGAGCGCUGCUUGCGGGAUGGGGAGAGGGAGGAUCAGGGGUCUGGCUGUGAGCGAUGUCCGCUUCCCCACGUCUCUGGCCCACCACGGCUCAGAUGCCAUGCAUCCAGAUCCAGACUAUUCCGCAGCCUACGUUGUAAUAGAAACGGAUGCUCCCGAUGGCUUGAAAGGUUGUGGCUUUACGUUUACGCUGGGAAAAGGCACAGAAGUGGUUAUCAGUGCAGUCCAUGCACUGUCAACUCACAUAAUUAAUAAAGAUUUGGAUGACAUAAUCAGUGAUUUUCGAGGCUUCUACAGGCAGCUCACCAGUGAUGGGCAGCUCCGAUGGAUUGGUCCUGAGAAAGGAGCUGUACAUUUGGCCACAGCUGCCAUUUUGAAUGCUAUCUGGGACCUCUGGGCCAAACAAGAAGGAAAGCCUCUCUGGAAACUGCUGGUUGACAUGGACCCCAUGCAAUUGUUAUCUUGCAUAGAUUUCAGAUACAUUACUGAUUCACUAACAGAAGAAGAAGCUUUUUCGAUUCUUCAAAGUGGUUUGGCAGGAAAAAAAGAACGGGAAGAACAAAUGUUAAAAUAUGGCUACCCAGCUUAUACCACAUCUUGUGCCUGGCUAGGUUAUCCAGACCACUGCCUAAAGCAGCUAUGCACUGAAGCUCUGAAAGAUGGAUGGACCAGGUACAAGGUGAAAGUUGGAAAAGAUCUCCAGGAUGACAUUCGGAGAUGCAAACUUGUUAGAGAAAUGAUUGGUGCUGAAAAUAUACUGUUGUUGGAUGCCAACCAAAGAUGGGAGGUGGAAGAAGCCAUAGACUGGGUCACUAAACUAGCUGAGUUCAAACCACUAUGGAUUGAGGAACCAACUUCUCCUGAUGAUAUUCUUGGACAUGCAACAAUUGCUAAGGCAUUAGCACCAUUAGGGAUUGGAGUUGCAACAGGAGAACAAUGCCAUAACAGAGUGAUGUUCAAACAAUUCCUGCAGGCUCAGGCCCUGAGCUAUCUCCAGGUGGACAGUUGUAGGCUUGGAAGUGUCAAUGAAAACUUGUCUGUAUUGCUGAUGGCCAAGAAGUUUCAAAUUCCAGUAUGUCCUCAUGCAGGAGGAGUCGGACUUUGUGAGUUGGUCCAGCACUUGAUAAUAUUUGACUACAUUUCAGUGUCUGGUAGCCUUGAAAAUAGGAUGUGCGAAUAUGUAGAUCACUUGCACGAACACUUCAAGUAUCCUGUAGUAAUCUCAAAUGCAUCUUAUAUACCACCCCAGGAGGCUGGAUAUUCCUCUGAAAUGAAAGAAGAUUCUGUAAAGAAAUACCUUUUUCCACAAGGAGAAGUCUGGCAGAAAUCCUUGUCUUCCUCUAAUGCAAUUUAAAUCAGUUCAAAUUCCAUUUUUUCCCAAAUGAAGAUAAAAUUCAGCUAUUUUUGCAUUGAUGUUAUAUUAAGAUGCAAGAGUCAAGAGCUUUUAGAAAGCUUCUUCUGUUCACACAAAACAAAAAUAGAUUGUAUUGCCAAUGAAUGUUCUUGAUCAGUUUAAAAAUAGGAGGCUUUUAAUAGCUAAGUUUAAAGAAGUUAGAUGAUUCAUCUGUCUUCAAGCUAUUCCAUAACUACAGGAUUAUGUAAUGGAAGAUUGCACUUUAAAAUGUAUGUGCCAAGAUUAAAUGUUCCAAGUAAAAUUGAACUG